GGCGGCGAUCGCACGGGUCGCCCGUUCGACUCCCGGUUGAGGCUAACACAUAAAUAGGUUAUCUAGCAAUUACGAUGGUCGUUGUUAGUUUAAGUGUACACGUGAAAAGGAAAUAACAUAAAAAAAUCAAUUAACGUUAGUUUUAGUGUUGAACUUACAUAUUUGUGGAAUUUUAACUACAAGAUAAUAAGUUUUCAGUUUCACUUUCUUUACUUAAUAGCCUAAACAUUAAAGUUCAAAAUGGGUUGCGGAUCCUCAAGCACAGCUGUCCCGGUCACCGAGGAGACGUCUAACGGAGCUGCCAAGACUGCUUCUAAUGGCGCUGGAGUGAAGAACCAUCAUCAUGAUGACCCUGACGAUCUGCCCACUGUGGUGCUGCCUGAGACGCCGGUUAUACCGAAACCACCCGUGGCCUUCGAAAUACCUCUAGAAGAGUUUGACGCAGCCAAGAGACCGUCCACCCCUCCCCCUCACCUGCAGAGGCUGCUGCAGCCAGUGCAGCCGGAGAUCAGCCUGCCUGACAUCGAGGAGAAGUUAGCUGAAGCUGAGCAGAGGAGACUGUCUAUACUGCAAGCGAGAGCGGCGUCUGCGCAGAAGAGGACGCAGAAGAUUAUGAAGAACGUACAAGAAAUGGACAUACUUGACUCCGAGCAUGAACAUACUGAGCCCACGAAACACGUGACGAAUAGUCUGACGAUCCCUCCAGAGCCUGGGGUGUGUGAAGACAAAAAUAUUUGAUAAGUUACUGUCGAUACAUAAGUUAAA